GAUUAUUUUACAGAUGAAAACAGAGUGCUCAAAAAGGACCCUCAACAGGAUUACCAUCUGGAAUAUGCCAUGGAAAACAGUACACAUACAAUAUUGGCUUUUAGCAGAGAACUGCACACUUGUGACACAAAUGACAAGAGCAUAACGGAGAGCACAGUGCGGGUAAUAUGGGCAUACCACCACAAAGACAUGGGAGAAGCAGGUCAAAACUACCAUGGGUCUAAUCGUGGUACAAAGAGUCUCCGUUUACUGAAUCCUGAGAAAGAAGAAGUCUCAUUUGCCUCUUUGCCAUACUUUGACUUGACAAACAAAGACGUGCCUGUACCAGACAAGGAUACAACAUAUUGGUGCCAAAUGUUUAAGAUUCCUGUACAACAUGAAAAGCAUCACGUGACAAAGGUUGAGCCAUUGAUCCAGAAAGGCCACGAGAAUCUGGUGCACCAUAUCCUUCUCUAUCAGUGCAGCAGCAAUUUGAAUGACAGUGUGCUGGACUAUGGGCAUGAGUGUUACCACCCCAACAUGCCAGACUCUUUUCUCACAUGUGAGACAGUCAUUUUUGCUUGGGCCAUUGGAGGAGAGGGCUUCACCUACCCUCCUCAUGUUGGCUUAUCCAUUGGCACAGCAGCUGACCCUCAGUUCGUUCUUAUGGAGGUGCAUUAUGACAAUCCAUCAUACACAGAAGGCUUGAUAGAUAACUCUGGUCUGAGGCUAAUUUAUACUCCGGUUUUAAGGAAAUAUGAUGCUGGGGUUAUUGAAGCUGGUCUUUGGGUCAGCCUUUUCCACAAUAUCCCACCAGGCAUGCCUGAAUUUGUGUCAGAGGGUCACUGCACACUGGAAUGUCUAGAAGAGGCUCUAGGUGCUGAAAGACCUGCUGGGAUUCAUGUGUUUGCAGUACUUCUUCAUGCUCAUCUUGCUGGCAGAGCUAUUAGGAUGCGCCACUUCCGCAACGGCGAGGAGCAGAAGCUGCUUGCUUAUGAUGAUGAGUUUGACUUCAACUUCCAGGAAUUUCAGUAUCUGAAAGAAGAAAGAACCAUCUUGCCAGGGGAUAACUUAAUCACAGAAUGUCACUACAGUACUGUGGACAGAAUUCGCAUGACAUGGGGUGGUCUGAGCACCAGGAAUGAAAUGUGUCUGUCAUAUCUGCUCUAUUACCCAAGAAUCAACCUCACCCGAUGUGCAAGUAUUCCAGAUAUAAUGGAACAGCUCCAGUUCAUUGGUGUUAAGGAAAUCUAUAGACCAGUCAGGACUUGGCCUUUCAUUAUCAAGAGCCCUAAGCAAUAUAAAAACCUGUCUUUUAUGGAUGCAAUGAACAAAUUCAAAUGGUCCAGAUCAGAGGGUCUCUCCUAUAACGAACUUGUGCUGAAACUACCAGUGAAUGUGAGAUGUUCAAAAACGGAUAAUGCAGAGUGGUCGAUCCAAGGCAUGACAGCUUUACCUCCUGAAAUAGAAAGACCAUACAAGACAGAACCAGUAAUAUGCAGCUCAUCUUCCCGUUUGUGUUGCAGUUUAUUCUUAACCCUAUUGUUUGUUGUACAUGUCACAGCCAGUGCUAUAGGAAACAUUGGACCCUUUGUAUAAUAUUUUUUAUUCAUUUGUGUUAUGUAUGCCAUGCAAGUUCUGAUGUGUUUGCACUGUUGCUAUAGUAGAUUUAUUUUUUUACAUAUUAAUAAACUAAAUUUGCCAGUACGAAAUGUGUAUUCCUC